AUUCAUAGGGGUCACAGUCUGUUUAUCAUAUAUACAUUGAUAUUUGAACGACAAAAUUUUAGCACGCGACCGACUUAUGCGACAUUUUUACAAAACCAGGAAUGCUUGGACGUCUUUGACUAUUGAAAUCAUCAUCCGUGAACAACUGUGUUAAAAUUUUUGUGAAAAUGAAAAUGGAUAUAUCAAACAAGGACCCUGCAAAUAUGACAUAUAUGUUUCAGUUUGAAAAAGCAUACAACGUGAGUGCAACUGAUGAAUUUAUGCACCAGCAUUGGAGUGACUCAUUUGUGUAUUCAGCAAUUUACUUAGUCGUUAUAUUUAGUGGUCGAUAUGUUAUGACAAGCAGAGAAAGAUUUGAUCUAAGACCAUACUUAGCAGUUUGGAGUGGAGGUUUAGCAGUGUUCAGUACAUUGGGUGCUCUCCGAACAUUUCCUGAAUUAAUUUGGGCGCUAUCAUACCAUGGUUUUGAAUAUUCGUGCUGUAACAGUUCGUUCCUACAACAGGGAAAUGUUUCCGCUGUCUGGUCAUUCCUUUUUAUACUGUCGAAAGUUGUUGAACUUGGUGAUACCUUAUUUAUAAUUUUGAGAAAACAGCCAUUGAUAUUUCUUCAUUGGUACCAUCACGUAACAGUGUUGAUAUACGUCUGGUGCAGUUAUUUACCCAAAAUAAGCACGGGUAGAUAUUUUGUAGUAAUGAAUUUUACUGUUCAUUCUGUAAUGUACACAUAUUAUACUCUUAGAGCAAUGAAAUUCCGACUUCCGAGAUGGAUAAGCAUGUUCAUAACGUGUUGUCAACUUGCUCAAAUGGUAGUAGGAAUUUUUGUUAUACUCGUAUCUUAUAGUGUUCUAUCUGCAGGAAGAGAAUGUGUCACUAGCUAUACAAACAUGAAAUACAGUCUGACUAUGUAUUUCAGCUAUUUAGUACUAUUCAUGCACUAUUUCUAUAACACUUAUAUUGCGAAGAAAACAAUGGUUCAUAAAAAGGCACUCUGAAUAUAAAACUGAAACAUAACUGUCGAACACACCGUAACUGAACAUAUAAUGACAAGGUUAGGACUUGGAAGUUUUAAGAAGACACGAUUUCACUGGUAUGACAUGAUCGAAUAUCUUGCUUGUUUUCAAGAGUAUUUGUUAUCAAUACCAAUACUUUUUAACCUAAUUUUUAUAUAUGUUUACCAAUGCUUUUAAAAAUAUUGUUACUUAAAGGCAUAAAAAUCAUGUGUCAGAUGUAUAGUUGUUUUGGAAAUGAUCAUAUCUGCAUCUUUAUUUAACACUACUAUUGUUUGUUAAAUCGUAUCAUUUUUUUAAAAAUAUUGUUACUUAAAGGCAUAAAAAUCAUGUGUCAGAUGUAUAGCUGUUUUGGAAAUGAUCAUAUCUGCAUCUUUAUUUAACACUACUAUUAUUUGUUAAAUCGUAUCAUUUUUGUUAAUUCAAAUCUUGAAUGGCAUUGUACUUUCAUCUUAUGAGUUGUGCAAAAAUGUUGUUAAAUAAACGAAUACACUGUAAAUUGUAGUAUAAUAUACAUGACUUUGAAUCGC